AUAGAGAGAGAGAGAGUGUGUGUGUGAGAGAGACAAAGGAAAAGACAGUGAGGGGUGACGGAGCGAGAAAGCGAAAGAAAGAAGUGUCUUGGAAUAUAGUUAAUGUACGGCAUAAGCCGAGUGUUUAGCUGUGUAGAGAGGAAAACGUGUAAACACUGGAAGUGAUGUAUGUGUGUAUAUAUAUGUAUAUAUAUAUAAAUACGAGUGUAUAGUUGUAAGGAUCUACUACACCUGGUGUCUAUAUACACCUGGUGCACGUAUAUAUAAUGUUAUGGUGUACAGUUAUAUAAGUUCACAACACCUACAGGUGUGUUUGUAUGAGUGUGUGUAUAUAUAUAUAUAAUAUAUAUAUAUAUAUAGUUGAAGAAGUCAACAACAAUACCUAAAGGGCGUGUGUGUGUGUGUAUAUAUAUAUAUAUAACGACCAGUUGCAUAAAUCUACAUCAACUUCUGGAGGUGUAUAUAUAUAUAUAAUACAAUACACACACUCAUAUACAUACAUACAUUCAUACAUACAUAUACUCACAAGUCAACAAACUAAAGGCGUGUUAUAAAUCUUCAACACCAACUUGAGAUGUCUGGUUGAACUUUUCUCGGCUUCCAGCUCCAACCUCUUCCAAAUCAGCGAACAUUUCAAUCAGAAGUUCCUUGUAACCAAAAUUGAAAAUCGAAGAGCGUGAACUUCAGUUCAGAUUGAAACAGUUAUGGUGGCCAAUAAUACAAGAUUUAUUACUGGUUCUUUAGAGAUAUAUUUCUGCACCAAGUUCAUACCGAUGCAGUACAGCUAGCGAAAGAAACCAACCAACCAACCAACCAACCAAUCAAUCCCAAAUACAUAAAGCAGUUUGGUGUAGCAUUUUUUAAAGCAGUUGUUUUGUCAAACCUAUGCAAGGGCCUGUGUUAUGUGGAUGUCGGAGCCGUUUUUAACAGAUAUCAAUGUUGCUCGGGUUAACAACUUCUCUCUAUCCACAAUCCCGCUGAUAGCCACACCCGAUUGGCGAAACGUAUCAGACAUCUGGUGGUGGUCCUGGAAUGUCCAUGUCUAUACAGUUGCCCUCCUCUUUUACCUGCUCUCUACCUUCUGUGUACUAUCGCUGUUCCGUGGACGUAAGAGACUCAAAAAGAAAACAUUUGGGGUCACCCUUUCCAUUCUCUUUGCCAUUGGUAUAUUCAGGGGAAGCUACUUUGUACUGGAUCCAUACGGAAGUAACAAUCUGCUUCCUGUUGUGUUUAGACAACUUCUAUUUGAUAUCACUUAUCCAUGCCUUACGACAUCUUAUAGUCUUGUCCAAAUAAUGAUUUUGAGGAUCACCAAGGUGGACGUAGGGCCAACACGAAUUGUAAACAAGCAAUUCUUUUUAUUUGUUACAACAUUUUACUUUGUAUGUCUCACUGUAGUUGACAUUUGCACAGGGAUCCACCAUGAUCUGCGACUCCUCCUUUUACUGCCCAAUGCUUUCUUCAUCAUUUGGUCCAUUUAUCUGAGCAUCACAUUCAUAUACAAUGGUUUCAAACUGACCCAUUAUGUUGCUGAGAUUAAGAAGGCCAGGAAAGAGCUGAGUUCUUACAGUUUAGCAAAACGAUCUUGUAGCCAAGAAAACAUGUUGUCACGGUCAGCAACAACUCAACGUUUAACCAAACCACAGAUACGCAUCACCGAUGAAGACAACCAGACUUACAGUAUCGUUAGCGAAGAUGAGUCAACCAUGUCCGAUUUAAAUGAAUUGGCUAUUUUCAGUCCAGCUACGAACAAGGAGCUAAAAACAAUGAGUGCUAAAGUAGGUUCCCUGUUGGACAGUAGCUUACUGUUGAAGGCUCAGACGGCUGACUUCCAGCUCCUGGCUGAGGACUCAGUUGCAACAGAAACAACUCUCGCUGAUUCCACCUGCCAGGAGUUAAAUGAUGCUAAAAAUGGGGAUUUCGUGAAUUUACAAUACUUAAUGAACGAGAACUGUUCCAUGCUUCACAACAGUGACCUCUAUUUAGAGGAGACACUGGAUGAAACGGAAUUCAAAGAGAGGAAGAAUUCAGUCAGGUCAAACUGGUGCAACAUUUCGGCAAUUCUACCAAACACAACAACAUCAACAGACAUCACAGACUGCGAUGAAAGUUAUUUGGUAGACAAUGGCUACAUGGCAGAUACAGAAGUACCAACGUCUUGUCCGAGAAGUAAAAAACAUAAAAACAAACGCAAAUGUUCGGUUGACCCCUCGGAAUCACGGGACGCUGAUAGCCUGGAGACACCUCUAUCAAUAGCCACGUCUUGGCACCCUAAACUCAUGGUUUCAUCCCCAUCAACACUGAGUUUACAUCGUAUUCGUCAGAGCAGGAUGCUCCACCGUGUGAUGAGGCUCACAUACAACACAACAUUCUUGCUUAUUGUCGCCUGUCUUUUUCAGCUUUACUCAUUAUUUGGGAUUUAUGGAUUAUUUUCACGAAUAGCCAAUCCUGAUCCAUGGCCCUGGCUCGUUUUCCAAACAUUCUACAGGUUCACUGAACUUGGAAUGUCUUUGUCGAUGACCACUGCAGUUUAUCUGAUUGUCUCCUACAAAUGCCGGACGUCAGCCAAUCGGAAACCUCGAUACCGAGUCUUUCAAUCGGUCGAAAAUGGUGCAGCAACAACAGCAGCAGCAGCAGAGAGAAACACUGCCACGUGAGCCGUUUGUGUCACAUGACAAGAGCAUCUUGGACAGCCCUUGUUUUACUUAUACAUGCACACACACACACACAUGUAUAUGCAUAGAUGUACCACGUGCACACAAAUACACGUAUAUUCACACACAUGUAAACAUCAACUCAUAUACUUUACAAGUACACAAACACAUGCACACACAUAUACACACACACAAGCAUACAUACAGAGAUGUGAUUUUGAUGGGUGGGGGCAGGUUAUUCACACAUAAUGGGUAUAGUCACGUCUGUAUGGUUAAGAAGUUUGCUCCAUGACCACAUGAUUUUCAGGUUCAAUCCAACCACACGCUACCCUGGGCAAAUUCGUCUUCUACAAUGUCAUAACUGUGUUCCAAACCAAUGUGCCCUUGUCCACUACAUUACUGGACAUUGAUGUCAAGUACCUUUUUUUUUUGUUUUGUAGCCCAGUCAUUUGCAUCUUGCAGUAUUUACCACAUUUAAUGGCAUAAAAGAGACACAUGGCUAUAUUAGAUGCACCCCAUUUUCAGCAGUGCAUAUUCAGGAAAAAGUUUUAGUCCAUUAAAGCAUAUGAUAUUUAAAUCAAUUUAGAAUCUGGGAUCCAGGGUGAUUUUUUUGCAGACUUUUUUUUUUUAGUGAAAAAAAAAAAAAGGUGCCUCUUAUAUUCCAUCAAAUAUGGUAACUGUUCCUGGGUAACAACUGCUAUAUCAGUGGUGUUGAAUUCAUUUGGUUUUUGUAAGCUGGAGUGAAACAAAAAAAAGAUCUUGCAAGAUAGAUAUGGACAAUAAUUAUACCUAAAAUCCCUAUUCAUAAUGCUGGCCAAAGUAAAUGAACAAAGCAGUCAAUAUGAAUUGUAACAACUUCAUAAACAAUAAAGAGAGGAAAGAA